AUGUUUUAUUUUUCUCUCUUCCAUUAUCUAUCUAUCUAUCUAUCUAUCUAUCUAUCUAUCUAUCUAUCUAUCUAUCUAUCUAUUUACUGUUCAUAUUCAUCUAUCUAUCUAUCUAUCUAUCUAUCUAUCUAUCUAUCUAUCUAUCUAUCUUGUCACUCCUGGAAAAAGCAGCCUUUAUCUCUUUGUGAAUGUUAUUUCGAACGGCAUUUCGAUGAGCUGCAAAUGUUCAGGCUCUGCCCAGUGCUUUACUUUAGACACGUGCGCAGGCACACACGUGAUAUGAACGUGCGCUCAAGUUUGUUGACAGUGAGAUAUUCACAUGCUUAUCUAUCUAUCUAUCUAUCUAUCUAUCUAUCUAUCUAUCUAUCUGUAUAUCUAUCUGUUCAUAUCUAUCUUUCUAUUCAUAUCUAUCUAUCUAUCUAUCUAUCUAUCUAUCUAUCUAUCUAUCUAUCUAUUUAUCUGUUCAUAUCUAUCUAUCUAUCUAUCUAUCUAUCUAUCUAUCUAUCUCAGUUUGUUCAUAUCUAUCUAUCUAUCUAUCUAUCUAUCUAUCUAUCUAUCUAUCUAUGUCAGUCUGUUUAUAUCUAUCUAUCUAUCUAUCUAUUUGUAUAUACAUAUCUAUCAAAGUCUGUUUACAUCUAUCUAUCUAUCUAUCUAUCUAUCUAUCUAUGUCAGUCUGUUUAUAUCUAUCUAUCUAUCUAUUUGUAUAUACAUAUCUAUCAAAGUCUGUUUACAUCUAUCUAUCUAUCUAUCUAUCUAUCUAUCUAUCUAUGUCAGUCUGUUUAUAUCUAUCUAUCUAUCUAUCUAUCUAUUUGUAUAUACAUAUCUAUCAAAGUCUGUUUACAUCUAUCUAUCUAUCUAUCUAUCUAUCUAUCUAUGUCAGUCUGUUUAUAUCUAUCUAUCUAUCUAUCUAUCUAUUUGUAUAUACAUAUCUAUCAAAGUCUGUUUAUAUCUAUCUAUCUAUCUAUCUAUCUAUCUAUCUAUCUAUCUAUCUAUCUAUGUCAGUCUGUUUAUAUCUAUCUAUCUAUCUAUCUAUCUAUCUAUCUAUGUCAGUCUGUUUAUAUCUAUCUAUCUAUCUAUCUAUUUGUAUAUACAUAUCUAUCAAAGUCUGUUUACAUCUAUCUAUCUAUCUAUCUAUCUAUCUAUCUAUCUAUCUAUCUAUGUCAGUCUGUUUAUAUCUAUCUAUCUAUCUAUUUGUAUAUACAUAUCUAUCAAAGUCUGUUUACAUCUAUCUAUCUAUCUAUCUAUCUGCUGUCCAUAUCUAUCUAUCUAUCUAUCUAUCUAUCUGCCGGUUCAUAUCUAUCUAUAUGGCUGUCUGUCCAUAUCUAUCUAUCUAUCUAUCUAUCUAUCUAUGUAUUUGCUGAACCAUCCACAAGUAACAGCGCAUUGAUUUUUACUAAACGUAUCUAUCUAUCUAUCUAUCUAUCUAUCUAUCUAUCUAUCUAUCUAUCUAUCUAUCUAUCUCAGUCCUUUCAUUAUCUAUCUAUCUAUCUAUCUAUCUAUCUAUCUAUCUAUCUAUCUCCAGCUGUUUAUAUCUAUCUAUCUAUCUAUCUAUCUAUCUAUCUAUCUAUCUAUCUAUCUAUCUCCAACUGUUUAUAUCUAUCCAUCUACCUAUCUCCGUCAUCUCUAUCUAUCUAUAUCCAUCUGUUCAUAUCCAUCCUGGCAAUACACUUUUGUAAAAACAAUAUUACCAUCUAUCUAUCUAUCUAUCUAUCUAUCUAUCUAUCUAUCUAUCUAUCUAUCUAUCUAUCUAUCUAUCUAUCUAUCUAUCUAGCUGUUCAUAUCUAUCUUUCUAUUCAUAUCUAUCUAUCUAUCUAUCUAUCUAUCUAUCUAUCUAUCUAUCUCCAUAAUUCUAUUCGACACAACUUGUCCCUACACAAUCGAUUCAUGCGUGUCCCAAACGAGGGCUCUGGUAAAAGUUCCUGGUGGGUAAUCAACCCCGAUGCGAAGCCAGGAAAAUCUCCUCGGCGUCGAGCCGGAAGUAUGGAGACAAAAGUAUACGAAAAAAAGAAGAACCGCGCUAAAAAGAAGGCGGAACAGUUACGCGCCCUCGAGCAAGGAGGAAACAGUCCAACGGCCAGUAGCGAUGGUGAUCUGCUUACAGAGUCGCCUGUACCAGGCUUUCAGCUAAGUCCUGAAUUCGACUUCAGACCCCGGGCCAGUUCCAAUGCCAGCAGCUGCGGCCGCCUCUCGCCAAUACAGGCCGUAGUCGAGCCGGACCUUCACGACAACCAGGUCCCGCCCAUGUCGCCAAUCCCCUGGAACCCGGAGAUGGAGACGGAGGUGGGUUCAAUUGACAGCUUCACGGACCAGCUCGUUGAUUCCCUACCCGGGAGCAUGAGCCUGUCCGAUAAGAGCCUCCAACAACAUAUGAUGCAGAGCAGUUCAGUCCACCGAUACACAACUGGAACACCGGGCGCCGCCCAGGCAAGCGCCUACAACCAGUAUAGUGACUAUACCGCUCCUCCACCACCGCCUCCACCGCCCUAUCCGGAGCAUAUGCGCACGAGCCCACAGACCCAGUCCGGCCACCCUAAAUCGGCCCAGUCCCAGACCGGUCAGCAGAACCAGAUGACCACCAUGGAUGCAUUGUCGAUGUCCAAUCAUGACGGCUAUGGUGCGGUCAGCCUGGGUAGUUUGCAGAACGGGCUGGACCUGUACGGCACUUCAGAUUCUCUGCUCAAAUCGAUGGUCACCGCCGACCCUCAAGGUCAGAUUUCUAGCCUGUCCGACGCUGGACAGAUGGUGCAACAAAGUAUUCAACAGCAGCAACAGCAGCAACAGCAGCAGCAGCAACAGCAGCAGCAACAACACAAGCAAAUGCAACAGACACAGUCGCGGCCACCGAUGCAGCUGCAAGACCCUUCUCAAGCUCAAUUGCAUACCAUUGCCACAUCCCGUGCCGGCCAGGGAGGUCACCCUUGUGGCGUGACUGUGGGUGCUGGACACGAGAAAAAGCCAAUCGGUUUAAGUCCCGUGGUAACCGGGUCAGUGGUUUCCCAGCCCGGUAAUCAAAUACUAGCCGGGUACACGCAACCAAUGUCCAAGGUACAGCAGCAACCACCCCAACCACCCACGCAACAGCAAACACAGCAGCAGCAACAACAACAACAGCAGCAACAGCAGCAGCAGCAGCAGCAAGUUCAUCGUUCCCAAUCACAGCCAACCUCGACUCAGUCAAAACUCGCUCAGUCGGGUCUCCUGCCACAACUAAUGCAGUCUGUCCCAAAUAAUUCUAUUUUACGGGCUGCUUUAAUGCAUAACACCCAGCCGUUAAGGACUCAGGGAAACACGGUGAAUAUGCUGCCUUACAAUCAAUACAGUAGAGACAUAUAUGGUAACACCAUAACGUCGUCCUACGGGGACACAAUGGCCGGCCUGGUCAACAAUAUUAACACGUCGUCUACCUCCAUUUCUGACUGUCGUAUGGUGAGCGCGUCCGGGGCAAACCUAAGGAGUACGAACUGUCUGAACGGCAGUAUUCGAAGUAACUUGCCACCUAUGGGACCCCAGUUGGCAGGCCUACAGGCACGGCACCUUCACGGACAGUCAGGAGGAAUGGAACUGAUUGGCCAUCAGGAUUCAGGUAAUUCCAGUUGUCAACAGAGUAAUUUACCAUGCGAUAUUGACUUUGAAAUGCUAUGGAACAGCACGAAUUUGGAAUGUGACGUUGCAGCAGUUAUCCAACACGAGUUAAGCAUGAACGAAAACCUGGAUUUCAAUUUCGACCCUUUGCCAGGAUAA